AUGGUCGGCUCGCGCAAGGGAAGUGAUUGUGACGCUGGACAAGAAGGUUGUACAGACCUUUUGGGUGUUAUGUACAGCUGUAGCCGUCGCCGUGCUGCUCUAUCGAGCGGUCGGCUUCUGCGUGGAAGCUGGUGCCCCUUGGCUUGCUGCACAGAUUCGGCUGCCGUGGAAAACUUGGAUGCAAGCCGCACAGAUGUGAUUCUCAAGCAACACAAGCACCUCGAAGUCGGAGGAAGUUAUGUCCACAAGAACCACGGCUCCCAAAUCUUCACCAUGCUAGGCUCCCAAAUCUUCACCAUGCUAGGUGUGCAGAAUGACCAAGUCCAGUUUCAGCAUGUUCCCUUGGUGGGGGCCCCCGUGAUCGUGGAGGUGCCUGCCUCUGCUGAGUUGGCGAAUUGGAAGAGGACGAAGAAAGUCCAAGCGACAGUGCUCGAUGCUGAGAUAGCCAAGCAGUACUUUGUGUCGGCUAGCACAAUUCAAGCUGAGGCAUUUGAGCUGGGGCAGGCUCAGCUAGAGUUGUAUCGAGAGUUUAGCGGCAAGCACGAUGGCAAAGUCGGGAUCAGCUUUGUCACCCCCCCUCCGGGCUUGGUGGUCACGGACGGAUGUUGGGUUGGCAAGUACUUGCUGCAGCCCUCCAGACCAGUGUCGGACUUCGAGAAAUUGGACGAGAAGACAUUGCUCGUGCCAUAUUGGUAUGUGCGGACCACGAACGAGAUUGCUCAGGUCAAUAUGACCAAAGUUCAGCAGCAGCUCGGUACCUUGACGGUGCCGAGCUUCCUGAAUAAACGGGAUCUCGCAGUAGGGGAGCUGUUGUACACCGCUAGUGACUCAUUGAUCCAGAAGGAGCAAGCACCGUUGUGGCAUCCUUGUUGCUUGUACUCGCCGGUAGCCACCGUGAUGGAAUCCAUGGACGUUGAAGUGGCAUCUGUUUUGCAGAUCAAAACAAAGGACCAUCUGCAGGGCCUGGUGGUACCUUCAGAUUUGCUGAUUGAGCAUGAAGAGAAGAAGUAUUUGAAGUUGAAUGGUAGUCAUUGGUGGUUGUGCAAGCUGCUUUGCCCAGAAGUUUACAAAACACAGAAGAAUGUCAGCCUCGCCAACACAAGUGCCAUGAAAGAGGUGUGUCAGGCUGUUCUUGCAGGCUUCCUGAAAAAGGAAGAGGGGGAUGAAGGUGAAGAACUUUUCGACAAGAAGCCGGACGACAAGAAAAGCCUGAAAAGGAAACGUGAUAGCUCGGGCCCCCGAGUUAAGAGCAUCACGUUGCCGAACGAGGUGGUUGCAGAGUUUUACCUCGAGAACCACCAGAGUUCGUGCCCGGCAGUGUUGGCGGAGCCGGAGUCUCUCGAAGCAGUGCUCGGCUACUUGAAGGCUGGCUGUGAGGAUUGUGCCAAUGCCGCGACCAGAGCCUACCAGAAAACCGGCAAGUACCGCAAGAAGUGA